AUGUCCCAGCUCGAUUCCUUGCAGAACCGCGAGCUCGCCGAAGAAAUCGAAGCCAUCAAUGCCAUCUACGACCCAGACACCGUCACGGUGAACGGCAACACCGCGCCCAACCAUGCCCCCGCCAACAAUACCCUCGACUUGGGCAGCUCCGCCUCGUCCAAUGACAACACGCACACAACAAUAACACUCCAUAUUCCUGGUCAGGCGCACCUGUCCUUUCGGAUCGGGUUCAGCGCCCGCUAUCCGGAGACACGGCCUACGGUGCUGGGCACGGCUUCGACUGCUGCGCGCGGCGAAGGGAAGAUUGCGGUGGAUGUGCUGGAGGAGAUCGUGCAGCGGACCUGGCAGCCCGGGGCUGUCUGCUUGUUCGAUCUUAUUAGCGAAGCUGUCGAGGUAUUCCCCGAGCUGAAUAUCGGCGGGAGCAAGGACGACGGACAGGAUGCUGGGCCGGCCGAUGCAACAACAGCUACCAAGUCUUCCGGUCAUGUCCCGACAGCCGGUGAUUCCACAACCGCUUCCUCGAGUGAUUUCGCCGCGCUGUCUUUGCGGGACUCAUUCGGGCUCGACAAUCCCCCAGACUGGGUUCUGUCCGACGUGGUGACAGAAAAGAAGUCUGUGUUUCUGGCGCGUGCGGUGCGAGUCGCCAGCCUAGCAGAGGCGCAGGCCUUUCUGGAUCAUCUGACCGCCACAGAUAAGAAAGUUGCAGUGGCAACGCAUAAUAUCAGCGCGUGGCGGAUCCGACAGAAAAAGACCGCGGGUGCCAACGCCCCAGGAGCUGGUGCGGGCUCCGAUCCUGCCGAGACGGUCAUUCAGGACUACGACGAUGACGGGGAGAGCGCUGCCGGGGGCCGGCUGCUGCAUGUGAUGCAGCUGAUGGAUGUGUGGGAUGUACUGGUGGUGGUCUCGCGCUGGUACGGUGGGAUUCACCUCGGGCCUGCGCGGUUCCGGCUCAUCAAUGAUGUUGGUCGUGAUGCCUUGGUUAAGGGCGGCUUUGUUCGGGAGCAAUCUUCGGCCGCUGGUCCGGAAAAGGGCAAGAAGAAGGCCAAGAAAUGA